AUGAGAAGCAUGCUGCAGCUAGUGCUCAGCGUACUGGCCUUCAUCGUUGCGCUGUCAAUACAUCAAGUAUCAGCAAGACCACUGCUCUCAGGCAGCAAUCCUUCCUCGCUGCUGACCCCUCUUGACCUACCUUUCGGUCAAUUUGGUCCCGCCGCCAGCCAACGAGGGUCAGGAGCGCCGGGAAGCGACAACAUCACAGAGGAUGCAUCAGGCCUGGCGCCUGCUCUAGCUCCGGGAGUGACCAACUCUCUGGGAGUAGGAUUCGACCCGCAGUUCCUCACGGUGACCAGAGAUGGGAAGCCGUUCUACAUGGUGACCGACGUCGACUUUGGGCUUAAUGUGUUCCUCCGGGCUAGCCAUGAUCUCAACGAUAUCUAUCGAGACGAGUCGAAGAAGCACACCAUCUAUCACUAUCCCGAGGCCACCUACCCAAAUGGGGUAGGCACAGAGGCGGCGGAUGUCGUCCAGUAUGGUGACAAAUUUCUGUACACUGUUUCGGCGAUUGCGGACGAUACAAUGCGUGUACUCGUCUCGCAGAGCAGCGAUCCUCUCGGCAAUUAUACCGAUCUGGGUCGCGUCCUCGCUCAGGACGGGACGCCUUUAACAGGCUACGACCCGCAUGUGAUCGUGCAUCCUAACGGCAACCUGUACCUCACCUGGUCGAAUCACGAAUUUGUUCAGAUCGUCCAGCUGCAAACGGGUGCUCCAGCACGUGCUGCCAGUCAGGUCGUCGAUCUCGUCUCGUACGGUGUCAAUACUGAAGCUCCCAGCAGUUGGAUCUUUGACAACAGAAUGACCGGCUCCCGUACGCUCAACCUGAUGUACGCUGAAGGCAACUACUACCAGUCCAACUACAACACUCGUCUGCUGUACAUCGAUGUACAGAAAGACCCCUUGGAUCCAACUCAAUGGUUGCAGCGAGCACAGCCCAUCCUCGCUUCGGACAGCAGUCAGAGCGUGUACGGUCCCGGUUCCGGCAGUCUCUUCAAUGGCCCCGAUGGAAACGUAUGGUGCGCCUACGGUGCGUUUGCCUCGCGUGACGGAGCGGACAACGGCAAAAACGAGAGAUACGUCAGGGUCCAAGUGGCCGAACCGGAUGCAAAGGGAGUCUGGUUGCCAACACAAGUUGUUGCGGCUCAGAAGCUAGAUUGA